CGCCCAGCCUGGCUUAUUUUCUUUCUCUUGCCUACACGUGGAUGCGCGCGUUCGAGCUUGGGCUUGCGUUCUUCUCUCACUAGGUCGCCUGGCACACGACGAACGAAGGCUGAGGUGAACGGGCAAGGUGAAGGGCGAAAAGGAAGAGUGGCAUGAGAGUGAGGGCAUGACAGUCAAGAACGGCCAUGUAGGAGCAACACAACGCGAGAAUAUGACGACAAAGACAACAAAGACGACGCUCCAAGCGGAGCUGUUGCGCCUAAGACGCCAAUUUCGCAACGUCCACACGGGCGAGGGCAGCGGAUCUGGCUUCAAGGAUGAAGUACCAGUCGGGGCCUCGCUGCAUCCACUCCACAGCCAUGAGGAGCAGAUCCCCUCCCUGGAGGAGUUACAGGCGACGAUCCGAUCGAUGCGAGCAGUCGUCGAUUCGUUCCUCGAUAGCCUCAUCGUCGAGCAGGCGGCUGCUGGGCCCAGGUUGGCCAGCGGCAACACGCCCAGCAAUGGCGCAGCGGCGAGUCAAUACAUCGAUGAGGCGCAACCGAAAGAGGGCUCAUCGUCUUUAGAAGACAAAAAGGGCGCUGGAAGCAGCAGCAGCAGCAAUAACAAAGCUCGAUUCUCGAGCUUGCUUCGCGAACAGGCGUCGCACCUCUCCACAAUCGACUCUUUGACCGACUUUGUUGUCAAUGGCGGCCACUACGGAGGACCCAGCGGCAAGGGAAAAGCCAAAGAGCAGUCUUUGUGCGCCUCGGGCUUUCUACCACAAAGCUUAGCUGUGUGUGCACUGGACCCCACCUGGCUCUUUGGGCGAUUCAAAGACGAGACGGUAGUCUGGCCGAACACCUCGCAAGAGUCUUCGGGUCGCGCAUUGCAGGCACUCGUCGAGACCGUUCAGGAAUUGGCAAAGGACAGCGGUCUUGAGGCUUUCGCCGAGGAUCACCGCCCUGCCAAAUCCUCGCCUCCGUCUUCCAACUCGCUCUCGUCUUCGUCAAGCGAAUCCUUGGGCCAUCUCUACACUCUCACCCUCGCCGCAUCUAUCUUCGUCAUCGACGUUGACUUUGGGAUCCAAAAGGUCUCAGACGAGCACGUGUGGCGUCCCAAGCUCAGAGUCCGGAUCUCGUACGCGACCGACAGCAGCAAUGGGGCUGGUCCGUCACACAGUCAGGGAGGAGGGGCACCUCGGAAGCGCGAUGAAGGGCUGUGCGCAUUUGUCCAUCACGACGUCGAAGCACUUGGUCGACUGCUGUUCGGCUUGGAGCGGGGAGACAAUAUCGUGGGUGGUGACCCUACAUCAAAGGCUAUCGCGCACUUCCAGAGGCUCCGCAAGACCAUUGGGACUCUCUGUCACCUCGACAACUUGUCAUCAAGGCGGCAUGCUGCCAAUGAGGACGGCGCCAACCAAGUACCGGAUCUCUUUGCGGCAAUGGAUGACCUGACAAAGGCACUCGGAAUAGAUUCAGAGGACUCCACUUCUUCGUUGAAAGGGUUGAUCCCGCUGUGUCACGCUGGCUCGCCCUAUUCUACAUUGGUGUAUCACACCAUGCCGCCUAUACUCGAGAGGAGCGAAAUCGAACGCCAGAUCGAGAGCGCCAGUCUAGGACAGGAGGGCAAGAACGAAAGAAGCACUUACAGCGUCAGAUUCUCUGUCGCGCCGUGCCAAUUUCCGCUCAAUGGUAGUGAUGGUGGCAAGACCAAGAUUGCCGAGUUGGGCAGUGUUACACAAGGCACGGAAGCCGAAGAGACGAACAAAGAGUCGUCGCCGGGAGCACCAUUGCGCUUCUUGGCGCAACUCGAUCCACCCGUAAUUGUACCUCGACAAAAGGCGAGAAAGAUUGCCGAGCGCAUCGGUCUCGUGAGCGAUGGCGGCGUCAACGACCAGUCUCCGGCCGAAGCUGCGCUAGCCUCGGCGCUGUUCUCGGCAGGGUCAACCUCGGCAGUGACCACCCAAGCGCCGUCGGCCAUGUUUGCGACCACGUCGCCUGAAUCUUCCAAUUUGAUUCAGAGCGCCAUGCUCGCCUACUCGGGAAAUGGCUCUACAGCGAGACCCGCCUCGCUGAAUGGAUCGCAGGCAAACGGGACAGCGAACGGGAACGGGAACGUGGGUGGCUUCAGCUUUCAUCUCGGCCCUUCGUCAUCGUCGAUGGAUUUGUUAGCUUCUUCGCAGCAGGUCCCGCGCAUGCCUCUGGAUACCUUCCGCUUCGAACGCCUCAUCUCUGCUGGGGCCGGUGUCUCAGUAAGCGGGAGCAGACGUAGAAGACCUAGGAGUGGGAAGCUUGACUUCAAAUUCGACAUUCGUACCACCGCGCAUGCUGCGGAAGGCGAGCAGGGACUUCAGGGCUUGGAGAUCAACUCGAUCCCAUUUGACUCGAUGGAGGCGUUGAGGGACAUCGUAGAGAUACUGAAGCGCCAGACACAGGUCAACGAGCUCUUGCGCGAGCACCUGGAUGAUCAGGAAGGCAGCAACGAGCAAGAGCCUGAUGGAGGAGUCCGGGUCGAGGUGACCUACGAGCUGCAGGAGGAAGAGCAUCUCAAGGUCGCCAUUCCUGUACGUCUGCGGACGCUUGUCGGCGAGCAAGAAAAAGAACAAGUCUGGAUCUGCACCUGUCGACUUGAUGCAGAUCUAGACGAUGGGUGGAGGGUGUCAGAAGGGAGGAUCACAAAAGUGGGAGGAAAGAGACGUCGGCGGCGAGGAAAGCAAGGCCUAGAUCCAGAAGAGCAAGACGAGGAACAAGGGGAGCAUCUUAUCGAGGGCGAGAUGCAGAGGGAAUGGGCCAGGCAUCUCGGGGAAGGAAAUUCCGAGAAAGGAGACAGACGGCUCGAAGGUCUAGCAACAAGGAUGUACAACUACGUCGAGGCGAGGUAUGGGGUUCAGGAAGAGAAAAAGCAAACGAAGAAUGCGCAAGUGGAUGAAGACAUGGCGUCUGUAUCUGCUGAAGAUCUCGAGCGGAGGGAGGUACACGAAGAGGCAACAAAGCGAAGACGAUCAGAGCAGCUCGACUCUGUCAUCGAGGAGGAAGACGAAGACGAAGACGAAGACGUUUCGCCUACCGCUGCUGCAGCUGCGCUCCCUCCCACCGGUCGUCUCACCCGCCGGUCGAGCCACUUGGUGAGCGGGACCACGAUGGAAAAGGAGACCCACGCCCGUCGACCCUCGACUGCAUCUGGCCUGCGUUCCUCUUCGCCUGCGGCAAAUUCCGUGGCUGGCACGAAACGACGUGCAAGCCAGUCGCUCGACCAAGACUCGGGCGCCGUUGGGACUAGACGGACUUCGAGAAGGAAGAGCUGAGGUGCCUUUGCUGCCUCGCGAACGAAGGCGGCAAUGAGGAUGAGAGGGAACGAUACUUUUGAUUGAUGAGAGAGCAGGAAGUUGCUUCCUUUGUAAUGAAGUCUAUUA